CGUCUAAGUGCGCGCGCAGUCCCGUUCGCAUCGUCGUCGCGGCCGCACGCGCACGCUGCGCCAUGACUCGCCUGCACCUCGUACUGCUCGCGCUCGCCGCCCUCGCCGCCGCCGCUGCCGCUGAACCACCGCGACCGCGCCUCAUUGACUUCAACCCCUGGGCAUGGAUUCCCACCAAUCGAAACCGCUCCCCGUCCAUCAUGGAUUACUUUUUCCCGCCAUCCCGGACUCCUAAACAAUCUAGUCUAGAUCCGCCUGCUGACCGACAACCCCCCAAAACGACAACUCCUAUCCAAACUCCACUCCCGACCACCAUAGAGGAACGCUCUACUACCCUCGCGAGAAAAGUCUCGAAUAAAACAAAAUCGACCGUGCCUGCGACUAACCCCACCGCGACCGCGCCUCCUAAAACAAAGAAAAAUUCCUAUAAAACUACCGUGCCCGUUACUACAACUGAGAUGAAAACUACGCAAACGGCUACAACAAUUCAAAACACAAAAACCUCACAACAUACAAAAAACACACAAACUACUAAAACUGAGCUGCCUACUACCAGGCCUACGACUUUACCCACGACUUACCGAUCGACGAAGCAUUACACGAUACGGCCAUUUGUGCGAACCACGGAAAUGCCAACAGUUCAAGAUACGGAGACAACUUCGAACAGCGAUAGUACGGAGACAUUUUCCGAUUUUGAUACUUCGGGAACUACAGCGGAAGGCCCGAAGGAAACCGUGCCCACGCUGAGCACCGCCGCGGAGUCGCGCUCUACCGACCCCGGUACUGCAAGCACGGCAUCUGUGGAGUCCACCACUGAGACGGACAGCACAGCGGAACCGGCCGAUAGCCGCGAGGGAUACCUGCCGCUGCGGGACAAACCGCAGCCGCAGACGCACGUCAAAAUCAACGAGCAAACGAAGAAAGAGACUGUGCCCCUGCCGGCGGGGUCGACUUCGGUGCUGGCCAAACCGACGAAGUAUCACUACUAUCCUCACAAUCAACACAUUUAUCUUCUCCCAGAAUGCGCUAUUCAACAGGUGUGCAAUGCAGUGUACGUGAGGUUAAAUUACACGCAACCUCUAUGUGCAUGUCCAGCGCGGUAUAGAGACCCAUGCUCGGCUAGUCUAAACGCCGAUGACCUGCAUACCACUAGGUUGACUACAGAUUCCAAAAAGAAGUACGCGAAAAAGGCAGUGACUCUAGUGAAGACAUGUGAAGCAGUAUCGGAGAUGCGGGAAUGUAGAGCUCCAAGGGAUUGGUCGCUGUUGGCUUUGCAGAACAUUAGGACCGGAAAGUCGCACUACUUGGUCAUUUGUCGGUGUCCAGAGAACCAUAUACUAGAAGGGCCUAUGUCACACGACCAGCCGACAUACGCGUCCGUUCCCGGCAUCAGGGUAUAUGGAAUGAUGUGCGUCCGGCCUACCACGGCUUAUCACCCAGCAUAUAGCCCGAACAGGUACACCGCCACCGUCCAAAGUUCAACAAGCGCGUACAAAGUGGACUAUUCCCAACCUCAUUCGUACUCUGACAAGCCCGUCUACAACAGAUAUCCAUCACCCAGUUACAUUGACUCCAGUUUCUACAACCGACGGUCCCGAGUAGCACGAGUAAGGCGAAUGGCGCCAGAAUAUCCCCCCUUCCCGUGGCAUAAAGUGAAAGAACUCGCGCGGUCAUUACAUUGGAUCAACUAGAAUAAAUUGCAUUAUGUUACACGACCGCAGUGCAAAUAGGAAUGCGGUCUAAAGCGCGAACGAAUUGCAAUCACGUAGAGCAA